UCAUGAAAUCCAAGUGUGAAAAGAGAAGAUUUUAAAAGUAUCCUCCAAUACCAUGGGUCUUGGAAUUUUGUGUAAUAGUAGUAUUGUCAGCUUCCACUUUUGUUCUUAUACUUGUCAUAAUAAUUUCAGUUACUUCAAUUUGUCAGUUUCUUUGUUCAAUUUCACUACCAAAAUGGACUCAUACACACACACACAAAAAAAAAAAACUCCAAUUUUGAUUCUUGAACAAGUGGACAACUAAAUUGAUCAAAGAUUUCAACUUUUCUUCUUCUUGAUUGUUUUCCCCUCUUUUAGUUUUCUUGGACUAGAGGAAUGGUUACCAGUGGUGUGAAAGCAUCUUCAGUAGCUAUGGUUUCUAUAGACAUUUGCAACAGGUGUGAUUUUGAUGGUCGCGUUGGAUGUUGGAUUGGGAAUGAGAAAGGAAAAUGGAACAAACUGGCUGCUGCUGCUGCAAGUACAAAGGCACCUAAAUUGGGAAUGAGCAUUUCACCUUUGCCUUCCUCUGCUGCUCUAGCAGAAACCCGAUGGUCCUCGCGAGCCAAGUUCUAUAAGGAGGUUUUGAAAGAUGCUAGGGAAAAGUUUACACAGGAGAUAUCAUUUCAGUCCAAGGACAAAGAUAUAUCCCUGGCAAAGGCUUUGCUCUACGUUGCUUCUGAAGACGAGGCAUUUAUGGAUUUCAACCGGGAAAUGGAUUCUUAUUCACUCCAAAAUGAACGAAGAUCUACUUCACUGCCAUCUGAUACACUAGACUGGAAGUGCGUAGAAGCCAUGCCUCUGGCUGGAAAGAAUAUGAGUGAGUGGAUGGCCGAGUUAGAUUCCAUUGCAAGGGAAGUUGAGGCAGAGCUAGUUCCGAGAGAUAUAGGAUGCCAUUUGGUUGAAGUUUUGGAUGCAGUGAACGUUGUUCUUUUUAAGUCGAGGGGUUUCAAAAGGUCAUCCGUGAUAGUGGACUCAAAAUGUUCAUACCUGCAUUCAGUGUUAAGCUCUGGAUAUUGUAGCGCAAUUUUGCUUAGCGUCAUUUACAUCGAAGUUUGUCGAAGACUUAAUCUAACCAUUGUGGGAUCUCGAAUUGGAGAAGAAUUCUUGAUAUGGCCCCAAACCGGAAACCCUGAGGAGCUAUUCAAGGUUACUUCUGGUCACAACUUGUUUGGUAUUGUUAACGGGAAGUGCGUUUAUGACCCUAGAUCAAUGGCCUCGGACAUCAAUAGCAAUUCACUGUCGGAGCUUGAGAUUGCAACAAACCGAGAUAUUAUCGGAAUUGCUUUGGCUAAUCUCAUGAGGAUUCAUUGGAAACGUGCGUCAAGAGCAAAUCAUGGUUUGAUGCUGACUUCUCCACUUAGGUCUGUGGAUAAGUCUGACGAGAAGUUUAAGAAGACCGAUGCUUCAACUGUACCUUUGCUGAGGCCUCAAGAUUUGAGGCUGGCUAUUAUGGCUUCGCAAAGAUUGCUGAUUCUGCAGCCACACAAUUGGGCUCUGAGGAGAGACCACGGCAUGAUGUUGUACUAUAGCAGGGAAUACGAGGAGGCGGUCCAGGAGCUUAGCAUUUGCAUGGUCUUUGCACCAGAAGAAGAGGCUGAAGUUCUAGAGGCAUUUGUUGAGAAGUUACACCUACUACGGCUCGAGUCAUCAUGGAAGAAUCUGGAACGUAAAGGUCGGUUAACAGUUACUUGACUUGUUUGUUCCAAAAACUUGUGCUCUUUCUAGCUUGUUAAAAUAAUAUAACAUAUAGAACUUUAGCUGUAACAACCUCCUUUUUUGACUUGUGUAAAUACUUUCCUUGUUU